AUGUCAGAUAUAUCUUAUGAUUCAUUCUUUUCUGGAUUAAAACCACCUGUAAAUAACAAGGAUUUGUAUAUUCUAUCACAAGAUGGAAAUGACUUUGAUACUCAAGCUCCUCCAGGAGUAAUAAAUAUAUCAAGCCAUCAUCAAUUGUCCUAUGAAGAAAGUGUCAAUGUACCAAAUAUAUCUAUAGAUGAGAAUCUUCAAUCAAAACCAGUAGAUAACAAGAAACAGAAAUUAAAGGAAAUAAAAUUAGAACUAUCUAGACGUUUAAAGGGAUGGUUCGGAUUACCAUUGCAAGAACAUAGUCCAGAAAUACUACGGGAAUUUCGAGCUUUACAUCUACGUAACUCAGUGGGACCAAAGGCAUUUUAUAAAUCAGAUAAUUCAAUGAAAAAUCCACCAAAAUAUUUUAGUUUUGGUAGGGUCAUUGAUAAUUCAAAGUUAAGAACUGGUUUUGGAAGUGAAUGUUCAACAGCUCAAAGCACAUCUAAUAAGUCAGGCUCUUCAUUUGUUCAAGAAUUAGUUCGUGAUUCAUCAACACAAAAGUGGGCUAAUAUGAAAUAUAAUGAAAUUCAAACUAUUAAACAGAAAGGAGCUAAGAAAUGGUAUAAAAAACAAAUUUUAAAACGAAGAAAAUUUUAA